CUGCUGCAGGUAAAACAAUAGACCGUGUCUCGCAAGCUGUUCAAAGGCACCUCUAAUCCGCACCAUGUCGUUCAAGGGCCCUUCCAGGAGUUUCUCCAGCUCAAGCCUGUCCGGCAGCAUGGGCUCCAGGGGCAGUUUGUUUGGGGUUUUCUCCCCAUCCGCUAUAGGGAAUCUGGCAAACACACUGCGUCCGCAUGUGCAGAUCAACAGCAACACUUUACCCCCUAUAGAUGAUAAAGAGACCAUGAAGGGUCUGAAUGACCGUCUGGGGGAUUACCUGUCGAAAGUGCGACUGCUGGAGGAGUCCAACGGUAAACUGGAGGAGCAAAUCAAAAAGGCUCUGAUGAGAAAAGAAGCUGAGAGCGGCAGAGACUGGAGCUCCUAUGAGAGGAUCAUUGCUGAUCUGAGAAACCAGAUCCAGGAAAUGAAUUUGGACAAUGCCAGACUGUUUCUACAGAUAGACAAUGCAAGACUGGCUGCUGACGAUUUCAAAGUCAAGUUCGAGUCGGAGCAGGGCAUGCGGCAGGGGGUGGAGCAGGAUCUUGCUCGUCUCCGCAAGAUGCUGGACGACACUUACAUGGGCCGCAUGCAGCUGGAGGGCCAGAUCGAGUCUAUGAGAGAAGAGCUGGCGUACCUAAAGAAGAACCAUGAGGAGGAUGUUGCUAACCUGAAGGGCCAGAUCAGCGACUGUCAAGUCAAUGUGCAAAUGGAGAAUAAAAACAGUCCAGACCUCAAUGAAAUCAUUAGUAACAUCCGCAAGCAGUAUGAACGAGGUGUACAGAAGAGUCGUGAGGAAACUGAAGCCUGGUAUCAAAAUAAAUUUGACAACAUCACAGCUGAGGUGACUCAGAACACAGAAGCCCUGCAGACAUCAAAGACUGAGCUGAAUGAGCUGCGCAGGCAGAGACAAUCUCUAGAAAUUGACCUGCAGGCUCUGCACAACAUGAUUCGUUCUCUCGAAGAUUCGCUGCAUGAAACUGAAGCACGUUACGGUCAGGAGGUCAGUGGACACAACUCUCAGAUCAUGCAGCUGGAGAGUGAGCUGGGACAGGUGCGUGCCCAGGUGGAGCGCCACACGGCCGAGUACGAGGCGCUGCUCAACAUUAAGUCCAAACUCGAGGCAGAGAUCGCCAGCUAUCAUCGCCUUCUGGAGGGUGUUGUUGACGACAAGGGGGACAAUAACAGAGAGGAAUUUUCUUUAGAGCAGGCGUUGUAUGCAGCUCCUCCUCUUCCGUCUUCCGUAGGUCUUAAGAAAGCCAUCAUCAUCACCCAAGAAAUAGUGGACGGAGAGGUGGUCUCUCAGAGCGAACUUGAGCAAAAUCACACUAACCACAACAGCCAGGACGUUUUUGGGGAGGAAGAAGUGCUAGAGGAACUACAGGAGUUAGUGGAGGAAGAACAGCAGAAGUCAGUAGAUCAAGAACAGUUGGUGGAGGAAGAGAAGAAACCUGAUGAGGAAGAUUCUCUAAAUGUGGUGGAGGAGAACGAGUGACUUUCUGCUGUGUCCUUCAUUUCUCUUCCUAAUCUUACAACCUGGUGGGUUCUUCAUCUCUCUUUCUUUCCUUCUUCCUGCUCAGUUUAUUAUUGUGAAGACCAUGACUCUCUUAUCAUUAAAACAAGUAUGAGCCUCA